CGACUGAAAAUCGUAAAGAGUUGCCACGGUAUUUAAUGAUUAUUAGAUUUCGACGAUUUCGUUCAACCCGGUGACAGCGUUCCGUGUACCGAUGCAGCUCCGCAUCCGUAUUCGUUUUCGAUGUCGCGAUUGGCUGUUUCGCAUGUAUUCAUAUUUUGGCGGCAAUUUAUGUGCGGACCGUAAUUUCAUUUAUUAAAAUAAUAUCGACCAUAAAUCUGAACAGGGUUGAACAACUUAAAAGUAAAAUAAAAUGUUCAACGAUUUAUACAAUCAAUCACAGAACCGAAAACAAAUAUGGGUGCCGAGUUCGAAUAUACACUUUUGGUGCUAUUCAGUACUAUGCAGUGAUAGUAGGUUUUGUCUUAAGCGUGUUGAUUCUUUUGAUAUCAGUUUCGAUUAGAAAGUUAACAUGUUAAUGCUUUAAAACCUGUACACUAAUCAUUGUGAGCUUGCCCCCGUAAAAGAACCAAUUCAUUUUUCAUUGUACGAAAUAUGAAACGUUUUAUAUACUUACUUUGGUUCGCUCACGAACAUGUGGCUUUUCGUAUCCAUGUAAGAUCAACAUAGUAAUAUUUACAAAUUUUACGAGAUAACUAGAUUCAUUUGUUCUAAAUUCAUGUUUUUAGGAAAUUGAAUCUAUUGCUUCACUGUUGAAUAUACCAAUAAAAUGGCUUGAACCACCAUCCGAUGAAGUAAGAAUAUUAUUUAUUUAAUAAUCGUUUUGAUCAGUUAUUACAUAACUGUAUCAACUAACUUGUCUUGACUAUAGAUUGUUUAUACUUACUAUUUGUUAUUAUAGCCAUGGUAUCUUGUUGAACUGCCGUCAGAAGAAGCUGUUCAACAAAUAUCUGCUCGUUCAGUAACUAUGAGACGUGCCCUGCAAUUAUGGGCUGAUGAACCAACUAUAUCCAAACUUCAUGAAACUUUAAAAGAAAAGUGUUUAAAUGGUAUACUUGAACCAUUUAAAUUAAAAUCAUUUAAAGUAGAUGUAGAUUUAUUUUGUAAUUCGCAAACAAAAGAAGAAAAACUUGAAAGAAUAGAAGUAAAGUGAAAAAUAUUGCGUGUUUAAUCUUAGUUUGAUGUUAUAUUGUUCUAUUAGUCUUUCAGUUAUAUACCAUUUGAAGGUCCAGUUAAUCUUAAAAAUCCAGAUGUUACAUUUCAGUAUAUUGAGUAUUAUGGUUUAGACCCAAAAAAUAUUCCUGAAUUUCCUACACGUACAUUUUUUGGACGAGUAGUAUGUAUUGCUAUUUGGUAAUUUAUUUUUUAAUAAUCUAUCAAACUUGUUUUUUCAGGUAGCUGAAAGUGGACGAUCUUUAAUACACGAGUUGUCAUUAAAAAACCGCACGUUUAUUGGCAAUACUAGUAUGGAUCCACAGCUUUCUUUGUUGAUGGCAAAUUUAGGAAAAGUUUCAAAUGGUGAUUUAGUAUUGGAUCCAUUUGUCGGAAGUGGUGUGUACAUUUCAUGUUUUAGUCUUAAUAGGUAUAAAGCUAUUAAGAUACAUUGUUUUAAAUUACCAUCAAAAAAUAUGCAUAAAAUUGAUUUUUCUUGCACUUGUCAAUAGAACUAAUUAAUACUACAUGAAGAAUGAAAAUAAAUUUUCUAAAAGUUCAUUCCAAUUAAAAUUACAGAAUGAAAAAUUUCAUAUAUUUUGUUUACUUAACAAAGGCGAAUUCAUUAUUAUUCAUAUUUAAUAUAUAUACCUUGACUAAAUAAUAUAACUUAAAGUAACAUAUAAUUCCGAUGACUGGUUUUAUAAAGCAAUAUUUUACUAAGGAUAUAAAUUCAAGAAUACUGGACUUUUUUAAUUUCAAAAUCGAUUAACAUUUUAAUUUUAAAGCAAAUUAUUCUGGUAUAUUCAAUAUUUUAAUAAGUAAUUAGUAUGCAAGCAAAGUUAAAUAUAUAUUGAGACCAUUAUAUUGUGUAUUUAUUUUAUUUUAAACUUAUUUUUUAAUAUUUCUUUAGGUUCGUUAUUAGUAGCUGCGGCAAAAUUUGGCGGUCACGUAAUUGGAACAGAUAUUGACUACUUAAUGCUUCACGGACGUACAAGACCUACAAGAAAGCAAACUAGAGUAAUUCAAUUUAUUUUAUAUUAUUAUGUAAUUACUAAUGUUAUAGAAUCAGGUUAUUUAUAAAUAGUUACAUAUUUUGAUAUUUUAUUAAUGUAUAUUGUAUAUGAUCUCUAUUUGAUCUCAAUUGUUGAUCAUUAAUCUUAAUAUAUUCCUAUACAUUUCAGCAUAUACCUAGAAGAAAUGAAAGUAUUGAAGCUAAUAUGGUUCAAUAUUCUUGUGUUGAUAAAUAUAUUGAUGUUAUCGUAGCCGAUUCAUCUAUACCUUGUUGGCGCAGUGAUGUAGAAUUUGACUGUAUCUUGGCAGACCGUAAUAUAAACUAUUUAUUUUGUUUCAUUAACAGUGUAAUCAAAAAUAUUGAAUAUUUACAGCGCCUUAUGGUAUUAGAGAACCAACUGAACGAAUAGGCUCAAAAGAGUUCUUACCCAUUGUUAAGAAAGAAACAAUUCAUUUCCCUUCUAAAGUAGAUUAUGGGUUAAAUGAAAUUGUUAAAGAUCUUAUGAAGUUUUCGUCCAAGCAACUAAAAUUAAAUGGGAGAUUGUUAUUUUGGGUACCAGUAUUUAAACAACAUUAUGAUGAAUCUCAAAUACCAAGGCAUAGUAGUUUUAAGUUGAUUGGAAACUGUGAACAAGUGUUGACAACAUUCACUGCUAGACGACUAUUAAUUUUUGAAAAAAUUAAAAUGCCAGAAGUAAACUAAAGAAUUUAUUUUCCAAAAUUAACAUAAUUUAUACAUCAUAUAACGAACAAAUUUUUUAUUUUAGGAUACUGAUGAAUGUAGUUGUACAAUUCCAAGUACUAAUUCUUUUAGGGAGCAAUUUUUUAAUUGGGAUGAAAAUCGUCUUACAAGAAAAGAAAAAAAAGAAGCAGCUGCUAGAAAUAAAGAACUUUGGUUUGCAAAAUUAAACAAUAUUAAUGUGAAAUAACAUAUAGUUGUAAGUUUAUGUUAAAAAUAAAAAAAGAUAACUUAAUAAUGGACAAAUUUAUAAAUUUAUACAAGGUGCUCAUUCAUGGUAAUGUAUAUAAAAAUUAAAAAUGCAAAACACCAUUAAAAUAUUUUUACCAGCCCAAACGUACAACAUAAUUCAUUUUACUAUAAAAUUAGUUUUUUUUUUCAAGUAUACUUAUAAAUAAUUUAACUGAUUUUAAAAUUAUAGUUCUAUUUAAAUCAAAUCAUUAAAUAAUAAUUUGUAACAAAUGCUUAAUUAUCUUGAACUAAAUAUAAUAUACUAUUCCUUAAAUAUUAUAUUUGUAAUAAAAGAAAAAAAGAUCAAACAUAUUUAAAGUGAUGUAGGUACAUAAAAAUGUACAAUUUAUUUGAAUGAUUCCUAAAAUAUUUCUGUUAUUAUAUCUAAAAUUAAAAUUAAUUAACAUUAAACACUGUUAAUUAUAAUAUAUUAAAUAUAACAAGUUAAUAAAAUAUGGUUAGAUGAGUACAGAAUAAAAUAAUACAAUUUGUAUAGAUAAUAAUAUUAAGAUUAUUUUAUUUAAGAUAGAUGUUAGGCAUUAAAUUUACCUGAUCAGGUAGUUAUACUCAAUUAUUUAAUCUACAGCUAUUUAAAACAAGUAAAAACUAACUUAGAUGUAACUCUUAUGAUUGACAAUAUAUUUUAGUAUUGUUUUAAACUUUAAUCACAACCUAAAAACUACAGUUUUAAUUCUAAGUUACAUAAUUUGUGUGUUGCCCAUUGGACUGAGAUAGUUAAUCAAAAUAUGCCUUUAGAUUGUUUUUUUGCUAACAGAUGUCACUCCAUUCAGAAUCUAAAAUAUAACUGCCAUUAUGAAAUUUUUUUUUUUACUGAUAAAAACUAUAAUUACAUACUUUAAUUCGUAUAAGGUAAUAAAUAAUCAACAAAGAAAUGUUCAGUGCUAUUUAUGAGAAUUUAAGAUUCUUUCAUAAAAUAUUAGGUGUCAACCAUAGGCGCAACACGGGGAUCACUUGAGGGUCUUUAGCAUCCCCAAAAAUACCUAAUUAGUUGUUUUAUUGUAUAGACUAAAUAUUUUAUUAAUUUAUUCAUGUAUUUCAUAAUUAAUAAGCAAAACAAAAUACAAAUUAAACCUACAUAUAAUGUGUGUGUAUAAAAAAUAAAGUUAUGAAAUGAUUUCAUAUAGAAAAUUGUAAAUAAAAUGUGUAGUUGCUUAUAAUUAUGGUGUGGGGGUAUUACCUUUAUUGGUCUGUGAUGUGUAUAAUUUUAGCACUUCUAAGGUUGGUGGUCAAGUUGUGCCUAUGGUGUCAACAUUAUAAUUUAUCGAUAAUCAUAAUACAUGUUACAAUGAAUAUAUAGUUUGAUUAAAAUACGGUUCAGCUAUUUUGUUAGUUUCAACAUAACAAUAAAAUUAUAUUAUAUUUACUGUGCUAUUAAUUUGAGAAAAGUGUUGGAUUAAAAUAUGAUUUAGGAACAAAAAAAAAAAUUAUUAACAAUAUUUUCACAUGUUUUAUGAAGAGAUUUCUUUUCCUGCUAAUUUAUAAAUCAGACCAACUAAAUCGGUACGUUUAUUUUCAAGAUCUUCCAUAUCAACUGGAUCUACAUCACGAAUAUCUGAAUUUGCACAUACAUACCGAGCAACAUUUUCUGCGUUGCACAUCAGAUGUAUCCCACAGUCAUAACUGUUUUGCUGUUGUCUGGUUGGUAAUGGCGUAAUAAUAUCUAUAAUAUCUUUGAAAUAAAAUUUCAGCUUUAAUGCUAACUUUCUUGCUUGUUUUUCAUUAGAAUCCCAUAUAGAGUCCAUAUGGAAAAGACGCCUAUGUUUUGUCCCAUAAACCACUAACGACCAGUGUGUACCACCAACUGAUUGCAGUUGUUCCUGAUCAUUCAGCGGGAAAAAAAUGUAAGAAUAAGAUUUGUCUUUGACAAGUGGAUCAAGAAAAACAGCUAUAUCAUCUACAUUGCAUUCCUUAAUACAUUGAACUAUUUCCGGACUGAUAAAAUAUACUUUAGAACUGUUCUUAAACACAUCGUUAUUUAAGUAUUCCAUGUAGAAGCCAAUCACAGAAUCAUUAAGCCAUUGAUCGUCGAUUAGUAAACUUAUAUCAGAUUGGUGAAGAAGAAAGUUCUCGUAGCUCAAUACUACUGGAUCUUUUUCUUUGGACGAUCUGUAGGGUUUACUCAUUUUUAUGGUUUUCUUAAAGAACUGCACCACUGUCAUAGAAAAAAUAUUGUUAAAUUAAAUUAUUUAUUUUCAUAACAUUUAAGAAUUUAAUUAAUUUUGUGAUAAAACAAAAUACAAGACAAAAUGUAAACAAAACAACGAAAAAAGUAGAUUACAGUGUGUCCAGGAGAUAAAAUGAAAACUAUAGGUAAGAUUACAGAUGUACCAUAGAUUAUUAUUAUUUUUAUUAGAUGUAACCUCCUAACCACCUUGGAUGUAACUUAGUUUGGUAUUAAUACGGAUUUAGAUUCGCUCAUGACGAAAUGAGGUUGUUUCGUCAUGGAUGAAAAUGAUUUACCGAUAUUUUUAUUCUCUAUAGGACAGGGGUUAUUUCCAGGUGGCCAGUAACUUUAAUUUUGGGAGCCGCAAAUUUAUAAAACUAAUUCAAGGCGAGCCACAUUGUAAAGCGAUGUUCAUAAAAUAAAGAAACAUUUUUCAUUUUAAAUCAAAUGAAGGAACAUUUAUUUCUUACACUACACAAAACAUUACUAUUAUUGACAUUAUUAUUAAUAAUACUAUCGUUGUUUUACUUAUGAUAAGUGCUUUUUCGAGUGUUCAUUUUUUCUGCAAGUCUUGAAAUCUGGCUGAUCAUUUUUAAACGCGGUUCGCACAAAUUUACUAAAAUGUUCAUAGGUUAGUUCAGAUCGAUAUUUAGAUUUAAUGAACUCAAUUGGUGCCAAUCUAUAAUAACGACUGUAAUUGAUAACGAAACCGACCGCAAUCAAAACACUAACGAAUUGUAUAUUUAUUAAUUUUAAUCUAAGCUUGGUUCAAG